AUGGCUCUCGGCGGCGGGCCUUCACCUCUCAUCCGGUUCCCGGCGCCCGAGCCCGUUAUCGUUCCCGGACCCCGGCUCUCGGCACCCAAACCCACCAUUGCCCCGGCUCCCGGCGGCGGGCCUUCACAUCUCGUCCGGUUCCAGGCGCCCGGGCCCGUUAUCGUUCCCGAACCCUGUCCCGGCACCCGGGCCCACCAUUCCUCCGGCUCCCGACGGCGGGCCUUCACCUCUCAUCCGGUUCCCGGCGCCCGGGACCGUUAUCGUUCCCGGACCCCGGCUCCCAGCACCCGGGCCUGUUAUCGUUCUCGGACCCCGGCUCCCGGCACCCGGGGCCCACCAUUGCCCCCGGCUCUUGGCGGCGGGCCUUCACCUCUCGUCUUGCUCCCGACGCUCGGGCCCGCUAUCGUUCCCGGACCCUGGCUCCCGACACCCGGACCUACCAUUGCCCCCGCUUCCGGCGCUGGGCCUUCGCCUCUCGUCUGGUGCUCGGCGCCCGCGCCCGAUACUAGUCCACUCUCUCCAGUAAAAGUUAAGGCAGGAGACCGGGGGAAGUACCUGGAGAGCGCCCACUGCAAUCAGUGA